GGACGAGGACGAGACGAAUACGAAUACAACAACUUACUAUGAAAAUCGUACUGAUUUCUUUUGGUUUGUGUUUCUAUUUCUAUUAAGGUAUUCUUUUUGGGAAAAGGAAAAGCCCAGGGGACAUUCAUUUUCCUUCUCUGGCAAUUAACUGAAGAUUAUUGAAAAUGGUGGACAUAGAAAAUAUAAGAGAAUCAGAGUAUGACUCUCAACUGUUUGGUUUUACCGUAGAACAUUUUAUACACGCCUUCAAGAUGCUUGUUCAUGAAGAGGUUGAACGCCUCACUAGUGCAAUGGCAUCAAGCUUGAAGAAAAAAUGCCCUGAAGAUGACAUUGCAGAAAGAGCACUGAUUGAAGGAAUCAAGAAUAACCUGGUCAAACAGUAUAUGAACAAUGCCGAAUCAUCUCUCGGUAUGCUAAAAGCCCAGUUGAGAGAGCUGUUGCACAUUCCCCCGCAUGUGUUACUCCCUGAAGACGAAACGCAGAGGAUACAGUACACGUCUGAGGAGGAAAAAGAAAUGGACAAUCUUUUGGAGGACUUGUUCCAGCGACUAAAGAGGGCAAAAGCUUUUAAAGUUGAACUUCUGCAAGAAAUGAAAAUGCUGCAAGAUGUGCUGCCUGAUCUUAACAGACGAGUAGAAGAACUGGAAACUCUUGCAGCCACACAUCAGAAAAAAGAAGAAGAUCUGCGAUCGUUGGUGCCUACCCUUGGAGAAGUGAUUAACAAAACUCAAACGAUAUCUCAACUUGGCAAUGAUUUCAUAAAUUUUCUUUAGAGUAAAUGAUAAAUUUAGAGUAUGUGAGCCUUAGAAUAAAUUUUUGACUAUAAUAUCUAGACGAUAUGUGUAAUUAAAUUGUAUCUCAAUGUCUGUCUCUCCUAUU